GUGAUUUAUAUCAAGAUGAUGACCAAUAGGUAUUUCUAUGACAGCUCCAAAAGAGGAGGUCGUGCGGAUGACACCGGCGGAGGUGAUGGGUUUGGUCGCACCCGUAGCUCUAUAAACACAUCGCUCGGUAAACACGAAACUGGAGUUCACGAGUGGGUGUUCAGAAUCUCCAUAAUUGUGGCCAUACUGUUAUGUGUGUCGUUAUACUUCAUACCGUUCCCAUUCAAUCUGAUAUUAUUCAUCAUAUCGUUGAUCUCAUUCCUAGUCAUCUCAUUUUGGGUUCACAUACAAAGCAAACGCCAAUCAUCAUCGGCUCAGGACUCGUCUUCCAACUCGUAUCAGUUGUCGCCGAACCUGUUGUCGUCAGCACCGGUAGGUGUGGUCGGCGGUGGUUGUGAACCACAGUUUGUCGACGUACCACUCGAGCCCAUUGCCAUUACAGUAGACCAACAUAAUGGCCUAAAACAGCCACAGUUUACUAGAAUAUAACAUCUCAUUGGAUACAUAU